AUGGCUCGAAGGACACCACCUUACUGGCUUCUCGUGGUUCAAUUCAUGUUAACGUGUAAUAUCACAGCAUCAGGUACAUCCGAGGCCGAAACACUUCUCAUGUUCAAGCAGUCUCUCUCCAACACCACCGCGCUUGAUAACUGGAACGAGUCGGCCAGCCUAUGCAAUGGUGACAACCCGAAUUGGAACGGUUUGCUUUGCUCAAACGGGACAUUCUAUGGACUGAAACUCGAAGCCAUGGGGUUAACCGGUUUAAUCGACUUGGACACUCUCGCUGAGUUACCAUCCUUGCGUACAAUAAGCUUCAUGAACAAUAGGUUUGAGGGUCCAAUGCCUAAAGUAAACAAACUUGGUGCAUUGAGAGGGGUUUAUUUGUCAAAUAAUAACUUUUCUGGGGAAAUUCCAAAUGAUAAUUUUGCUGGGAUGAAAUCAAUGAGGAGAGUUUAUUUAGCAGACAACCAAUUUACUGGUAAAAUUCCCGUUUCUCUGGCGGAAUUGCCUAAGCUUGUGGACCUGGAGCUUCAGAAUAAUCAGUUUGAAGGACAGAUACCAGAUUUUCGGCAGAAAGAUUUAGUAGUAAACGUAGCAAACAACAGACUGGAAGGACCCAUACCAGCAGCCUUAAGCAAUGGGACUGCAAGUUCAUUCGUGGGCAUCGGCCAUUCUAUUGCCGGUCACCCAGGAUAUGAGGUGCUACUGGAGGUCAAAAGACAAAGGCUAAUAGUUGUGCCAAAUGGAGGUGAAUGGGCAUAG